ACUGGAAUCUCAACAGUGAUCCAGUCAGGCGAUCCAGUGCAAUGCGAGAUUCGGUGGGGGUGGGGAUGUCGGUGCAUGGGGUCGUUGCCUGCCGUCUUCCUAGCGGAUAAGAAUAUGCUGCAUUAGACUCCAUGGGGUAUCACUUGACCAGUCGGCUAGCUGUUGACUCCAGUCUUCCGUUGUACCUACUUGUAUCAGCUCAUUUUGUGAUUUGAUAUUUAUUUGUAUCCCGAUUCGGCAUCGGGCAUCUUCAUCUCAAGCCUUCAGAGAGUGAUCCUGACUCCAGAAGGCACUCCACAAUGGCCGACCAAUUACUACGAAAACAGGAGAGUUCCACAAGCCUCCACGGUGAUCGUUCUCUCAUUCUCGGAGUAGACAUCGGCACAACGUCCGUCAAAGUCUGCAUAAUCGAUUCGGCCGCUCAGAAAUGCAUCAAGCAGCUCUCUAAGGAUACUCAGGCCAACGUGCCCAGCGAACUGGGCAGUGAGGGCAACAAACAGCACGUACCGAAAAUAAUCAGUGCCCUUCACGGAUGUAUCUCCAGGCUGCCUCGCGAAGCACUCAGACGGGUAGAAAAGGUGGGAAUCUGUGGCCAGAUGCACGGUUGUGUCCUAUGGAAGAGCGGCCGGGCCUGGAGCAGGAAACCCGACACGAACACGUACGAUAUCGAUGAGGUUUCUCACCUAUAUACGUGGCAGGACACACGAUGCACCCCGGAGUUUCUCUCGUCACUACCGGCUCCUGACAGCCAUCUGGGAGUUCAUUCUGGGUACGGAGUGGCCACUCUGCUCUGGUUCCUGCGACACAAGCCGCAAAAACUGCAGCUCUACGAUAGGUCAGGAACGAUUCAGGACCUGGUGGUGGCGAUGUUGUGUGACCUGGACACGCCCGUGAUGUCCGUACAGAACGCCGCCAGCUGGGGCUACUUCAACACGCAGACGGCCCAGUGGAACACCGAACUGCUGAAAGGAGCCGGUCUACCUCUGAGUCUCCUCCCGUCAGUCGUCGGCUCGGGUCAGGCGGCCGGCCGUCUCCACUCGUCCUGGUUGGGUCUACCGGCCGGUACGCCAGUGAUGGCUGCCCUGGGGGAUCUCCAGUGUUCCGUUCUGCCGCUGCUCACCUGUAAUGCCACAGCGGCGCUGAAUGUGUCGACAUCGGCGCAGCUGGCGCUGCUGCUGCCAGAUGGUUUCCAGCCGCCGACAGCGGCCGCCGAGACUGGCUGUAUCAGCUACCUGCCGUUCCUGGACGGACGGUACCUGGCCGUGGCGGCCGCCCUGACCGGCGGCAACGCCAUGGCGGCGUUUGUACAGAUGCUGCAGAGGUGGACACAGGAACUGGGGUUCAAUGUGCCGCAGUCGGUGGUAUGGACCAAGAUUCUCUCCCUGGCCGACUCCGCCGCCGCCUCACCGACCACCACCAGCACCGAGCUCCAUAUCGUACCAACCGUGAGGGGCGAGCGUCACGCGCCACACCAGAGGGCCACCGUGACGGGCGUGACGGUGGAUAACACCGGGCUGGGUCACGUCACGGAUGCCAUCUGUAGAGGCAUCGCUGCUAACCUGGACAGUAUGAUGUCCAGAGAGUGGCUAUCCUUACGGGGCGUCACUCGUCUGGUGGGAACAGGCAGUGCUCUGGCCAGAAACGCUGCCCUCCGUCGAGCCUUCCAGAAGACCUACCAGGUGCCGCUUCAGAUGGCAGACGAGACUAGCGCCGCCUAUGGAGCGGCCCUGGCUGCUGCCCGCUGCCUAUAGCGACAUCUGCGUCUACGAAGUGGCGAGCGACUGUUCGUAUGGGUUGGGAUGUAGCCUGAAAACAUCCAUGGUAGGUAGGAUAUUGUAAUUUUCGAUGGUGGUAUAUUUACUCAGUUGGGACUCACGUGUCACAGAUAUUGUUCGUAGUUGUUGCAAUACUAAAAGGGAUGAUAUUGAUAUUAGUUAUGGCCAGUUGCUAUAUAUUUGAUGAUAUACUGUACAGGUUCCAGACAACGAUAAAUGCCCUGCCCUGCUAUUGCGAAUUGCUGAACAGUGGACAACACAUGAUGAGAUGCUUCAGCGCCAUAUAAAAGAUGCGCUGCCGUCAAAAAAGAAGAAGAAUGUUCAGCAGCAUGUGGGGACAUUGGCAGCAAGAUUUUCAUCGACCGAUUAUCGUACUUAUUUACCCAGUCUGUGCCAUUAUUGGGCACCGCAGCACUGCCCAUAGCCAGUUCAGUUGCUGUGAAUGCGGUCUCUGCGAACCGUAAAAUGACGUCAUUGAUUCAGUAUGACGUCAUUAGUGACCAGCCGCCCACCGCCUGCGCCUUUCAGUACUUCCAGCAUUAUUAACCAGGGGUAGGGGCGCCAGUUUACAGCGCCGUACGGCGUAGCGAUACGUAGCUUUGUAGAUUCACGUAUAUGAAGUAGACCACACAACGAUGGAUAUAUGCAUAUUGAUGUAACCUCGGGUAGUUGUUAGGCCAGUAUGUUAUUGCGUGCAUGUCUAGGGGACUAAUCGUGAAGCUGUUUGGAGAAAUGUAUGAUUUUAAUACCGAGACGGCCACAGCCCACAAGUAUCGUAAAAUCCACUUGUGAGAAGUACUGGUUGUCCCUUGCCUGAAGUGUGUGCAGCACUGUCUGCUUAUGGUGGGUAUGAUAUGUAAUGCUUUCGUCUGAGAACACUUCCAGACUACCAGGUAUACACUUCAGUAGUGAUUUUUUUUCUAGUGACGUGUGACGUUCCUGCUCAGAUGUAUUUUGUGAAUUUUGGUUAGGUUUAUGUUGAGAAGAAGCCGGAUUUUUUUUGUAGCCACUUAAGUUAACAUUUCUGUACUUCCAGCUAUAAUAAGUACAUUGACGAGUGAUCUAAAGAAUUUCUUGACCUUUGUCAUCCUAGCUCGAUUUUUGUUUGUGAUUUUAGUGCAUUUAUCGUCUCCGAGAUCCGUUUGAUUUCCCAUUCCAGUGAUGUUCAUGCGCCCUGUUGUAAUUCAAAUUUAAGGGUUUAAGUGGUGCUAAUUUCACAAAUAAUAGUGCAAUACCUACGCCAGCUAACGUUGUAGCAUAGUAAGACUGAUGUGUUACUGGAAUAAUUACGAUAUAUUUGCUCACAACCGUUUGGUAACUGGUAACCAUUUUUUUAGUGUAAUAAGCACAUGCAUUGCAUAUUUGUCACUCAGUUAUUGGUAUAUUCAGGCGGAUUGACCGCUUCUUUGAAAGACUAUAUCGUCCUGUUUCCGUUCGCUCAAAAUGAAACACAUGCAGGUAUGCUUCAUCUCAGGCAUUGCAUGUUUUGAAGAGGCUUUUACAAUUUACCCAUGGAUGUUUCAUGGUCUUUUAACAGUUGAAACAUAUGAAUUUGUUAACGGUAUAUAUGACGCUUUGAAUAUUUUGUAGCAUUGUCAUUUUCGAACUAAUUAUGGAUAGAAGCAAUGCUCAUCAUUAGGAAUAACUACUACUUAUAGCUCGGUGUUAUGGCGACUUAGCGCUGUUGCAUCGUAAGGUUUAUUUAAUGUCUUUUUUUUUGUUGAUGUUAACGGCUUGAUAUUUUGUCAAGCUGUCGUACUACCUUUACAAAAGGGCAAUAGCACUUAUCCUCGUAUGAAACUACCCUCCUGUAUAAGGUACCCAGCCCUAUGACUUUAGAGCUAUCACCGCCCACACGAUUCCCCCAAACCGCACCCCGCGUCUGUGUGUUGUAAGAAGCUGGCUUCCGUACCGUGAGAAUCGCUGAAACUUUGUAUCCGUCCGUAUGAGUGAGAGUUGUGCCUCGAAUGCGCUUCGACCCAGGCGAGAUUCUCUGUCGAGAUUGAUGACGUCACUGGUGAAUUGAUGGCGGCAUAUCUGUGGACUGAUGACGUAUGAAUGUGACGUUACACACAUGGCCUUGUAAUGUCUUUACGAGCUAGUGAUGUCACAACUGUGGGCUGGCCGCCUUUAGCUGACGUAACGUCACAACAUGGGGUUAGUUCUCUCAGGUGAUGUCUAACCCUUGUGCUGAUGACGUCACACCUAGGUAUUAGUGACGUCAGGACUGGUGAUUAAUGAUGGAACUGCCGGAUAUAUCAGUGUUGGAAGUGCUGUUAUGAAGGCUACACGGUUGAAUGUGAUGUACUGGAAUAAAUGGCGAGAAUCGGU